CUGAAACUAUAAGACGUUGUAAUCAUUAUGGUGUAGAAGUAAAAAUGAUUACUGGUGAUCAAUUAAUUAUUGCAAAAGAAGUAGCUCAUAGACUUGGAAUGAAUAGAGUUAUUCUUGAUGCAAAUCAUUUAGUAGAUCCUGAUAAAACUGAAGAAGAAGUUACUCAACAUUGUGAACGUGCUGAUGGUUUUGCACAAGUUAUUCCUGAACAUAAAUAUAGAGUUGUUGAACUUUUACAAAAACGUGGUCUUCUUGUUGGUAUGACUGGUGAUGGUGUUAAUGAUGCACCUGCUUUAAAGAAAGCUAAUGUUGGUAUCGCAGUUCAUGGAUGUACUGAUGCAGCUAGAUCUGCUGCUGAUAUCGUAUUAUUGGCACCUGGACUUUCUACAAUUGUUGAUGGUAUUAUGACUUCUCGUGCAAUUUUUUUCAACAAUUGGCAAAUGAGUGCCAUUCUUUUAAUUUUAAUUGCCUUGUUAAAUGAUGCAGCAACACUUGUCAUCGCUGUUGAUAAUGCUAAAAUUUCUCCUCGACCUGACAAAUGGCGACUUGGUCAAUUAAUUGUUUUAUCAAUGAUCUUGGGUGUUCUCUUAACCGCAGCCUCUUUUGCCCACUUUUACAUUGCACGUUAUGUAUUCAACAUAGGAAUUGAUGAUCAAAGAUUAGAAACUAUUAUGUAUCUUCACAUUUCAUCAGCUCCUCAUUUUGUAAUCUUUUCUACUCGUUUAUCCGGUUAUUUCUGGGAAAAUCUUCCAUCACCUACUUUCUUUGUUGCCGUUCUUGGAACUCAAAUUUUUGCCAUGUUUAUUUCAAUUUAUGGUCUUCUUACACCUGCAAUUGGUUGGGGUUGGGGUGUUAGUAUAAUUGUAAUUUCAUUAUUGUAUUUCUUCGUUUUGGACUUUGUUAAAGUCAAUGUAUUCAAAUAUUGGUCAUUUGAAUUAACUGCUAAACUAUGGCCAACACCAACAAGAAAGAACAAAUUAAGAGAUCGUAAAUUGGAUAGAAUUUAUCAAGAGAGAGUAACACAAUCCAUUGCAAAAGUUAAAAAGGUGGUGGCAAUAACAAAAGUUAUAUUAGCUUUUCAAUAUUCACAGAGAUCGAAACGUACCAUUCAUUAG